AUGCUUGAAGUUGUUAUGCAACUUGUACGUAUUGCUAUGCUAUAUAGUCCUAUUGGUGUCUUUUUUCUAAUUGUUGCUAAAAUGCUUGAAAUGGAUGAUCUAGGUGAUUUCGUGGGGUCACUAGGUCUUUACAUGGCGACAGUUUUAGCUGGUUUAUUUAUACACGGUUUUAUAGUUUUGCCUCUGCUUCUUUUUGUCAUUACACGUAUAAACAGUUUUAAAUAUAUACGUGGCAUGAGUCAAGCAUUAGUUACAGCGUUUGGAACCGGUAGUUCAUCAGCAACGCUACCUGUAACAUAUAGAUGUGUAGAAGAAAAAAAUCAUAUCGAUCCAAGAGUUUCACGCUUUGUUUUACCUGUUGGAGCAACAGUAAAUAUGGACGGAACAGCAUUAUACGAAGCAGUAGCAGCUAUUUAUAUUGCCCAAUUGAAUGGUAUUCCAUUGAAUGCAGUGAAAAUUAUUGUGACAAGUUUAACAUCGACACUGGCAUCGAUCGGCGCUGCAAGUAUACCACAAGCAGGUCUCGUAACUAUGGUUAUUGUUCUCAAUGCACUUGGGCUACCACCUGAAGAAGUUCGAACUAUCUAUGCUGUCGAUUGGCUCCUUGAUCGAUUUCGUACUGCAAUCAAUGUAUUUGGUGAUUCGAUUGGUUGUGCUAUUGUACAACAUUUAUCACGUAAAGAACUUAGUGUACUUGAUGAAGAAAUUGUUGCUGCUACUGUUAAUACGAAUCAUUCGGCUACUGUUCUGCCAGUGUUAGUAUCUGACGAUGCAGACUACAAUUCAAGUAAACCUGAUGGCAACGUGAUUGAUCCAGCAAAUCAUAAACUAUUUUCUUCUACUACUGUUUAA